AGAAAGAGAAUCUCCCAAACACCAAACACUUUUCAAACAAUUCCCUUUCUCUCUCUCUCUCAUCUCAAUUCUCAUCUCAAAUGCGAGAGAAAGAGGCCAUGGACAAAAGUUGUGGGUGUUGGGCUGUUCUCAGGCGCAGUGCCAGUGGUAGGGAUGACUGUAGCAGAUCCACAUUUUCCAAACACAAUCCUACCUCCAUGCCAUCAACCACUCUUGCCCUUUAUGGUGCUGGGAAACAGGGAGAUUUUUCCUGUGAUGAUCAAGGUCGGGAAAAUGACGCGCCUCGCAGAUUAUUGGAGUUCACCUUUCAGGAGCUAAAAUCGGCAACGGGGAACUUCAGGCCAGAUAGUAUUCUUGGGGAGGGUGGAUUUGGUUAUGUGUUCAAAGGGUGGAUAGAGGAGAAUGGGACUUCUCCGGCAAAGCCUGGCUCAGGUGUUACCGUGGCUGUCAAGAGUUUGAAGGAAGAUGGGCUGCAAGGCCAUAGAGAAUGGGUGGCAGAAGUGCACUUCCUCGGACAGCUUCAUCACCCAAAUCUUGUGAAGCUCAUUGGGUAUUGCUGCGAGGAGGAUCAUAGGAUGCUUGUCUAUGAAUUUAUGACUCGUGGUAGUCUUGAAAACCAUCUUUUUAGAAGGACCAUACCUCUCCCCUGGUCCAACAGGAUCAAAAUUGCACUGGGUGCAGCCAAAGGUCUAGCAUUUCUCCAUGGAGGCUCUGAACCAGUCAUCUAUAGAGACUUCAAGACUUCAAAUAUUUUGAUUGAUUCGGACUAUAAUGCCAAACUCUCCGACUUUGGCUUGGCGAAAGCUGGUCCUCAAGGAGAAAAUACCCAUGUUUCAACCAGGGUCGUGGGAACUUAUGGCUACGCUGCUCCAGAAUACGUCAUGACAGGACACCUGAGUACAAAGAGUGAUGUUUAUAGCUUCGGAGUUGUGCUGUUGGAAAUGCUAACCGGUAAGAGGUCCAUGGACAAAAGGAGGCCAAGUGGAGAACAGAACCUAGUGACAUGGGCACGUCCCUAUUUAGCCGACAAACGGAAAGCCAUCCAAGUUGUUGAUCCGCGCCUGGAACUGAACUACUCGGUUAAAGGGGUGCAGAAGGUGUCACAGAUAGCUCACACUUGUCUGAGUAGGGAUUCCAAAUCGCGCCCUUCCAUGGAUGAAGUUGUCAAGGCUCUCUCCCAGCUUCAAGACUACACUGACUUUGCUGUACUGUCUAACAAGCCUGGCAUGAAUAUUAGAGCCGGAAGACGAAAGAAGAAUAAAGGGGAAGGAAUGCAGCAGAUGAAUUAUAAGCAGUGCAGGAGCAUCAGAGAGUCUCCCCUUCACUCUCAAAGGGCUAAAAAUGUCACAUGAAACCUUGACACUCCAACUACUUGUGUUGAUUCUUGACUGCUUUCUAUGUCUCUAUGCUGUAAUUAGGAAUGUAGUGUGUUUGUUAAGUACACUUUUUUGUUAUGUUGUAUCACAUGAGUAGAAUAUUAAGGAAGUGUUUGUAUAGCCCAAGUGUAAUUGGGAAUUGGUGUACCUACGUGUAAUUGUACCGGUUACUCUUUUUUGUUUGGGGAAAAAGACGUUCAUUACUGUAAGAAAAGAGAAAUCACAAA